UCCGACUUUGUAUUGUAAUUUGUAUUAUCAAUUGAAUUCGUAUUUCCGUGCGUAUCAUCGUUCUCGCAAAGAUAACAAACAAUAUUUACACUCGGAAACAAAGCUAUGGCUUCAAACUGCCAUUAUAGCGAUGUUCAACAGCUGUACCAAUAAUUUGACGCCCCAUUAUUGAAGAAACCAUACAAAACCACCAAUGGCGGAGCCUCUCAGCCCGCUGUCACCCGGCACAAACCGCGGGGCCCGAGGCUUCAUGGGCUCCCUGCGCGCGCGGCUUGGUCGCACACCAGCCCCCAGAUCUGCCGGAGAAGGAUAUGUGGAAUUCGGAGAGUUCCGUUCAGAGCGGCCCGGCAUCAAGAAGGUCGGGACCUUCGCUGGGGUCUUCUGCCCCGUCGUGCUGUCCAUGUUCAGUGCUCUGGUCUUCAUCAGAAUGGGGUACCUGGUCGGCAACGCGGGUCUCCUGGUGACCUUGGCGCAGUUCCUACUGGCCUACCUGAUCGUGGUGUUCACCGUCACGUCCAUAUGCGCCAUCUCCACCAACGGCGCCGUGGAGGGGGGAGGGGUCUACUUUAUGAUAAGUCGGACGUUAGGCCCCGAGUUCGGAGGCGCCAUCGGCACUCUAUUCUUCUUCGCGAACGUGGUGUCGAGCGCCCUCUGUAUCUCUGCUUGCACGGAGGCGCUGGUGGAGAACUUUGGACCUCACGGAUACCUGAUCUCCGACAACCAGCCCGCGCUACCGGACGGCGACUGGUACCGGUUCCUGUACCGGUCCAUCCUCAACGCCAUAGGGUUGUGCGUCUCGCUCGCCGGGGCGUCGCUCUUCGCACGCACGAGUCUGGCAAUAUGGCUGACCGUGGUAGUGUGUUUGGGGAGCGCUAUGCUGAGUUUCUUCAUAACGGCUCCGGCACUGAUUGAGCGCCCCGAAUCCAACACACUAACCAACGUGACCUACUUCAACUAUACCGGUCUCAGCAGCGCCACUCUACUGUCCAACUUGUAUCCGAAAUACGGACGGGAUUAUUCCACUACGCACGGAGAGUUUGCUGAUUUCGCUUCUGUUUUUGGUGUGCUGUUCACUGGCGUUACUGGAGUUAUGGCUGGGGCUAACAUGAGUGGUGAACUGAAGAACCCCGCCAGCAGCAUCCCCCGUGGAACCCUAGCGGCGCUGCUGUUCACGGCGCUGUCGUACGCGGCGCUCUCCGUGCUGACGGCCGCCACGUGCAGCCGCGAGCUGCUGCAGAACAACUACGUGUAUCUGCUGCCCGUCAACAUCUGGCCGCCGUUCAUUGCUGUCGGUAUGUUGAUGGCGACAUUUUCCGCCGCGCUGUCGAACCUAAUAGGGGCAUCUAGAGUGUUGGAAGCUCUCGCUAAGGACAAUAUUUAUGGCUUCCUCCUCCGGCCCGUGGUGUCCCACUCUGGAAACCCAGUGCUAGCUGUCAUAGCGUCCUGGCUACUAGUACAAAUAGCCAUAGUGACCGGUUCACUCAACGCUAUAGCCCAGAUCAACUCCGUCUUGUUCAUGACUAGCUACUUCGCUAUUAACUUGGCGUGUUUGGGACUGGAUUUAGCCGGUGCUCCUAACUUCAGGCCGUCCUUCAAGCAGUUCUCGUGGCACACGUGCGUGGCGGGGCUGGCGGGGAGCUCGGGCGUGAUGUUCUCGUUGCGGCCCGCGCACGCAUGCGGCGCGGCGCUGGCGUGCGCGGCGCUGGUGCUGGCGCUGCACGCCCUGUCCCCCGCCGCCGCCUCGCCCGCCUGGGGCAGUCUGAGCCAAGCCCUCAUUUUUCAUCAGGUCCGCAAGUACCUGCUCCUGCUGGACCCGCGUCGCGAGCACGUGAAGUUCUGGCGGCCCCAGAUGCUGCUCCUCAUCGCCGCGCCUCGCCAGCAGGCGCCGCUCAUAGACUUCGUCAAUGACCAGAAAAAGGGCGGCCUAUUCGUCCUCGGACACGUCCGAGUCGGCGAGCUGGACGGCAGCGGCGACCCUCUGGCCGAAGAACACAAAUAUUGGCUUCAGCUUAUUGAUCACCUCAAGGUGAAAGCAUUCGUAGAACUGUGCCUAGCGCCCUCUGUACGCAGCGGAGCGGCACAACUCACUCGCCUGGCCGGACUGGGGGCCAUGAAGCCCGACACGGUGCUGCUGGGGUUCCGGGACCAGGCGCCUCCGAGAGACUUCUUUAGAGACCCCAACUCCCCCUACAAGACGGAGCAGUUCGACACGGAGACCGGCGACGUGUUCCCCCUCCGCGGCGCUGACUCGAAACUCAGCGCUCACGAAUACGUGAGGGUCGUCGCUGACGUGCUCAGCGUCAACAAGAACGUGGGGCUGUGCAGGCACUUCCAUAAGCUGGACAUGGCGGCUGUUGAACGGAAGUCAGCAGCGCUGAAAUACAUUGACGUAUGGCUCGUAGAGCCUUUAGCAGCGCACGGAUGUUUCACAGUGCGAGCAUUAUUUGCGUUGCAACUCAGCGCUGUUGUGCGCUCAGCGCGUGGUUGGAGGCACUUGCAGUUAAGAGUUUUUACCAAACCGGAGCCUGAACAAGGUGUAUUAGAAGAGGGUAGAACGUUACCAGUAAGCGAAGACGCAUCCCUAGACCCCAGCAUAGUGAACGUAGCGCCAGGCCGGCCUGUGCAGGAGCGACUGCAGCAUCUCCUGCGGCUGCUGCGGAUUAAUGCCACGGCGCAUGUGAUAUCGGAGUGGCCGGCGCCGGACGAGACGAGCCGGUGGAUGUCCGACAACUCGGACCACUCCAUAUACCAAAGAGUGCCUCUUACUCACCUGCAGAGGGUGAACAGUAUAAUCAGGAGUCGCAGCGGCAGCGAGACCGCAGUCACCUUCCUGCAGCUGCCCGAGCCGCCGCCGCUCACCGCAGAGCUGAGUGCCGCCGACAACACCAUCUGCGGACAAUAUCUACAGGUUCUAGACGAAUUUACUAAAGAGCUCUCCCCAACGAUACUGGUGCGAGGACUGAAGCCAGUCACCUCCACAGCUCUGUAAAUAUAGGACAUAUGUGGUAUUUUCUAUAAAAAGGGACCUUAUUGUACUCCGAUAUAAAUACAAUGCCGCGCAACGCUGUGCGGCGUAAGCGCCAUCGACAAUAAGGUCCCUUUUCAUAGAAAAUGCCCCAUAUAUUAUAUUAUAGCGAAAUGACAGUUUAAGCAAAGAUAAAUGAUUGUAUUAGAUGUGUUAAGUCUAAGACAAAUUUAUACUUCGAAUUUGACAGCUAAUGUAUCUACAUCCGCUGAAGAUUCUAACGUGGUAAAAAAACGAGUUACUGAAGUAUUAUUAAGUCGAAUAAACGCUCGAAGUGUUUCGAUCCAAUUUUCGAGAAUUCUCCACACACACACACAUACACACACACACACUCAUUGUUUAGUUCACGUCGCGCCCUCGACCAGUGAAGUCGUUGCUCCGAGAAGAAGAUCCUCGAAAUUUAGAUUGUAACAAGUCGAGCAUUUAUUCGACGAGAUUAAGUGAGGAAUCAAUCCAUUUAAAAUAAUUUUGAUAUAUUCGAAUCUGACGGGAGUUUUAUAGUUGUAAUGCGGAAAUUCUGUUGGGUAAUUAGAUGUAUAAUAGUUAUUUACGAUACAAGUGCGGAAAAGAGGAAAUUCGAAACGAGUUGCGAAUUACCUAUUCGCACGUGUAUCGUACAACGUUUUACAGUACAUAUGGCCCUUUAAACUUUCGACAUACGCACGAAGAGUGCUUUUUUACGCACUAGUGCGAGAAAGUAGCACCAUAUGUACUGUAAAGAUAGUUACCUACCACAGAAUACAUGGCGCCGUAGGUAAUACAGUCCAACCCCCUUAUUCAUAAUACUUUAUGGGUCUGAUUUAGUUAAAUUAUGUUUUAUCCCUUUCUUACAAAUAUAGAAGUCAAAAUGACAGAUAAAGACAAACGAUUCAUAGCUAAUUCAGGCCAGUAACGCGUUUAUAAAUAACGCCAUAAGAAUUAAUUUCCUAUCCAUUUUGUACUUUGUCGCAGUGACAAUAAUAUGAGGCUCUAGCGACUUUCAUAUUGAUUGUCACUGUGACAAGGUACGAAAUGGGUUGGAAAUUUAACAUUUUUGACUGUACAGCGUCAUGUUCUACAGCUGUCAAAGUCGAGACAUGAUUUUUCUUAAACUUUACACACACAGUCUGGCAAAAAAGAGUAGAAAUUAAAGUGGCAACACUGUAGUGUCGUCCCUUACAAAUCAAUCUGAGAAAAACGGGACAACACUACAGUGUUGCCACUUUUUAAUUUCUACUCUUUUUUGCCAGACUGUAUUUAGGUGAAUUAAAUUAAAUCGGUAGAAACGCAGGUCCAACGGGAUUAUGGGACCAUCUCAUUAAAAUUAAGAUGUAAAGUAAGGUUAUAUAAACCUAUUUUUUACCAUUGACUGUAUUAAACUAGACUCAGAUUGGCACUUAAAAUAAUUUUUUUAAUAAAAUAAAUAAAAUAAAUAAAUAAAUAUAUAUAUAUUAUAGGACAUUCUUACACAGAUUGACUAAGUCCCACAGUAAGCCCAAGGAGGCUUGUGUUGUGGGUUUAAUAAUAUCAGAUUUGAUAAUUUAUCCUGUAGCCACCCAGAUACCUAUAAAAAGGUCAUUCCAUUGUAUUGUAUUUUGAAUCUUUUUUUUAACAAAUUAAAAUUCUAUUUGUCUCUGCAUAUUUUACUCUGUGGGUGGCUGGCGGAUAUUAUUCGUUGAUCACAGUUUGAUUUUCGUUUUAUAUUCUUGACACAUUUUUUAUUUUAUUUUAUCUCGUUUUAUUAAAUGACAUUUUUAAUUAUGACAUUCUUAUUAACUUAGUUUUAAUUUUACUUUUAAGUUUAUAUUUAUAUUAUAAAUUAUGUAGAUGGAAGUGUAAAUCAAUACUCGUAUAUAUAGUUGGUCAAGCAAAUCUUGUCAGUAUAAAAAGGCGGCAAAUUUAAAAAAUGUAGGCGCGAAGGGAUAUCGUCCCAUAGAGAAUUUGAAUUUCGCGCCUUUUUCUACUGACAAAAUUUGCUAGACCAACUAUAUUUCUUCAGUUACGAUUUGUGAUAUUUUUUUAUAUAAAUAUAUUACUGCAUCAAAAUUCUUAGGUGAAAUUACAUAUCAUGAAAGUUAGAGAUAAAUAAAUUGUUUUAAAUACAGUCUUCGUUAAGGCAAACAUUGAAACGUUUUUUUAUGUGUAAAAGUAUUAAUUCUAUUGUAGUUUUUGUGUUGGAUAUCGCUGACACAUCAGAGUACAUGUAUAUGUUUUUUUGUCAUUAUAAAUACGUCCAGUCUUAAUCAUUAAUUUAAUAGAUAAUUGUAACAGAAUAUAGGUAUUAUUUUAAUCUUAGUAUGUAUAACUAAAUAAGUAUAUCAAAGAAUUUAGACACCAAUAUAUUUUCUAUGUUACAUAAUGCUUCCUUUCUUUAUAACUAUUAAUAACUAGCUUUUGCCCGCGACUUCGUCUGCGUGGAAUUAGUAAUUUGGGUUAAUUUUUAAACAAAUUGCUUUUUAAUCCAUCCCUUAUUUUCACCCUUAAAUUGGUCCACUCGGAAGGAUCAUGAAAAAAUCGCGUGAUUUGUAGAUGACUCCUUAUGACCAGGUCUACUACUACCUAAGAAACACCUGUAAAUUUUACUUACGUAAGUAGGGACAAAGCUAUUUGCUAGAAUGAGAUAAUGAUAUUCAUGUCUCAUUCUGUAGUAUGGCUGCAUGGCCUGCAUGUGUCCCUAUUAUACAUGGAGACUAUAUAAAGGAGCCAAAUCUCUAUGUAUGAAAAGUCUCCAUCAAAAAACAGUAAUUAGGCGGCGCCACCAUACACCGAAAUAAACAACCAACCUACGUAAUUUGGUCGGGUUAUUUGUUGCCUUAUAUGGUUCAUGUUAUACUCAUGUCCCAGAGCCUAACUAGCGCCACCGGAGAGAUUAGGAACUAUUAUUUAAAGCUGAAAGCGGUCACUUUUACAACAAUUCUGCCAUAAGAGAUUGCGAUCCUUUCUAUACCAUCCAUAGUUACGUAGUUUCAAAUGUCACUUACUAUAAUUUGUCAAAGUACUGUCUCAUUUCAAACAUAGACAGAGAGACUCAUACUGUCUUGGUCUUACUUCAACGAAAAGGAUGAGUAUAGUUUUUGUUCUUAUUUACUGCCAAUUUGGUUUGACCAACUAUAUAUGUAUAUACUCCUUCUGACUACCUCUCAGUGGUCUUCGAUUCCAGGCAUGGAGACUAUAUAAAGGAGCCAAAUCUCUAUGUAUGAAAAGUGUCCAUCAAAAAACAGUAAUUAGGAGGCGCCACCAUACACCGAAAUACUACCAAAAACAACCUACGUAAUUUGGUCGGGUUAUUUGUUGCCUUAUAUGUAUGGUUCAUGUUAUACUCAUGUCCCAGAGCCUAACUAGCGCCACCGGAGAGAUUAGGAACUAUUAUUUAAAGCUGGAAGCGGUCACUUUUACAACAAUUCUGCCAUAAGAGAUUGGCGUCCUUUCUAUACCAUCCAUAGUUCCAGGCAUAACACCCGCCUGGAGAGAGUACUCUCUAUUGCCCUCUCUACUUACUACAUACUCUCUAAUAGUCCUGUGAAUAGUCCUAAUACAAAUCAUAUCAGUUUAAUGCUGAUUUAAUGCGACCAAAGCCUUCAACCAGUCUGUAGCUGACCUUUAUGGUUAAGUUAUUAUUAACUUCUUACCGACCGCCUCAGUUUAAAGGUAGACAUAUUUUGACAUAUUUUUAGUUGAAUCGAAACAAUUAACACUUCAGUAUUUUGUAGAUUUUUACCUAAUUGU